CAUCUCAAAGUGAUAAUUUGUUUUCAUUCAUUCGCGCACCGGGCUGCACAGUCAGUCAGUGAUGAAACAAGUGGCUGAAUUGUAGUGAAUUGAAAUCUGUUUCAAUGCAAUAAAAUUUGAGUGUUGAUCAUCUAAAGUUACCAUGAAUCUAUUCACCAUAAUCUUGUACGGAGUGCUGUUGUCGGUAUCGUGCCAUGGAGCACAGAACAAAACGCAAUUUGUUGCCACAGAGGAGUGGCAAGAGAUUGAAGAAGGUCAACCCAUACCGCAAGGUCUGCACGUUAGGAUAAAUUUACAAACCGGAAAGAAAGAAGCUAAACUUCUGGAAAAGGAAAACAAUGACACGCAAUCCACUGGAUCGCUAUCCACGGUUCCCGGCGAAGGACUUCAGGACCACGGCACCGCAUUACCAUACGAUAACAUCGGCAAGUUGAAGGAAGCCUUGGAAAAUAUACCCGGCGAUGACUUCAAGUACAACGAAGAAGAGCUCAAGAAAGUCAAGUCCAAGUUCAAGACCUACGACGAGAUCAAAAAGGAACUGAAGGAUGUCAAUCUGGAGGUGAAGAGUGAUAGUGAUAUCAUGAGUGCGCUGUUUGAGCGAUUUGCGGAAAUUUUGAAAUCCAAGAACCUGGCCGAGAACGCGGUGAAGGCCGAGUUGGAUGUAAUGUUCGAAGACCUUCAAUAUCUGGUUCAUCAGAUUGACAACGCCAACGAGUUUAUCGAUCGCCAGGGACUCGAACAUAUUAUUUGGCCGAGUUUGAACCAAACCGAAUCAACGCUGAAGAUUCACGGAUUGAAACUACUCGGGACGGUGGUUCAGAACAAUCCAAAGGCAAAAGUUGCGCUAUUUGAACGCAAUGGUGGAAGUAUUCUACUGACCAAACUUUCUCAGUCGUCCAAGUCCGAGGAAAUCUCCGCCGGGCUGUACGCCUUCGGUAGCUUGGUGCGAAAAUUCCCGUUCGCCCAAAGUGAACUUCUCAACCCACAUGGUUACAGUCUGCUCUUCGACGUCCUGAACAAGAACAUCGAACUUCGGGUAAAGGUAAAGAUCGUCAAGCUAAUUACCGACUUGGUUCAGGACUACGAAAAUGCUCUGACGGGAAAGGAAGUGGACGCCACUACUCGGGAGCGAUACGAAUCCACCAACCUUAAGGAAGGUCUGCGCAAGGCGGAGUACUGCGGCCGAGUGGGGGAGUUCUUCCACCAGAACAAAGCCGGCUUCCUUCAGGACGAGAAUCUCACCGAGGAAUGUGUGGGCGCGCUGCGCAGUGUUCGCAGCGGGCUGUGUCAGGAAGUUUGGUCCAAGUGUCCGCUGUUUCGGCAUACACUGCUGGUGUUGAGGAAUCAGUUGGAUACCCGGCUGGACGAGUGGAACGGUGACAAGGACGGGCGGGAUUACCUGGUGGAAAUCCAACAGGCGAUAGAUCAGUUCGUGGAGGAACUGUACGGGGGUAGCCUGCCAAAGGAUGAGCUGUGAGGGGGUGGAGGUAGAUGGUGUGAAAUUAUGUGGUUACGUUUAAGUAAUAAAUUAUUUAAUGACUAACUGA